CCAUAUAUGGAUGAAAACUUUGUUUCAAGAGCCUUUGCUACCAUGGGAGAGCUUGUACUGAGCGUAAAAAUCAUUCGAAACAGGUUAACAGGAAUUCCAGCAGGCUAUUGCUUUGUAGAAUUUGCAGAUCUAGCUACUGCAGAGAAAUGUUUACACAAAAUCAAUGGAAAACCGCUUCCUGGUGCUACACCGGCAAAGCGAUUUAAAUUGAAUUAUGCAACGUAUGGAAAACAGCCCGAUAACAGUCCAGAAUAUUCACUUUUUGUGGGAGACCUGACUCCUGAUGUGGAUGAUGGCAUGUUAUAUGAAUUUUUUGUUAAAGUUUAUCCCAAGGGAAAAAGAGUAGUUCUAUCACAACCUGGUGUAGUGGAGGGUUACGGGUUCGUGAAGUUCACGGAUGAACUGGAACAGAAAAGGGCACUGACAGAGUGCCAAGGAGCUGUGGGGUUGGGCUCUAAACCCGUACGCUUGAGUGUGGCUAUACCAAAAGCUAAUCGCGUGAAACCAAUGGAGUACAAUCAGAUGUACAACUAUAAUUAUAACCAAUAUUACCAACAAUAUCACAACUACUAUGCCCAGUGGGGCUACGACCAGAACACGGGCAGUUACAGCUACAGCUAUCCCCAGUACGGAUACACGCAGAGCACCAUGCAGACAUAUGAAGAAGUCGGUGAGGAUGCAUUGGAAGAUCCGACGCCUCAGCUAGAUGUCCACGAAGCAAACAAACAGUUUAUGGAACAGAGCGAAGAGCUCUACGACGCCUUGAUGGACUGUCAUUGGCAGCCUUUGGACACUGUCUCCUCAGAGAUUCCUGCCGUGUUAUAG